AUGUCGGUCACAAAUGUUGACACGGUAGAGAAGUUCAACACUUUAAUAGGAUCAUCAAGUUUAACCGUAGUUCACUUUUCUGCUGAAUGGGCUGAACAAUGCAAGCAAGUUACUGAUGUUCUGAAGGAAUUACUGAAAUUGCCAGAAAUACUCUCAAGUGGUAGCCAAUUUGGAGUAUGCGAUGCUGAAAAUCUUUCAGAGGUUUCAUUGAAAUUUAAGGUAGAUUCAGUACCAACAGUUAUAUUAUUUAGAAACAGCAAACAAAUUGAUAGAGUUGAUGGUGUGGAUGUAGCACAAAUAUCAUCUAAAGUGAAAACUCACAGUAUUGGCAAAGCAAUUAGUGAAGAAAUUCCUAAACAAUCACUGGAAGAUAGAUUAAAAACCCUAAUUAAUAAACACAAUGUUAUGAUAUUCAUGAAAGGAACAAGGGAUGCUCCAAGGUGUGGGUUCAGUAAAACACUUAUUGGAAUUUUGAAUGGAACGGGAAUUCAAUAUGAGACCUUUGAUAUUUUAAUGGAUGAAGAAGUUCGUCAAGGUUUGAAAGUUUUCUCUGAUUGGCCUACAUAUCCACAGGUGUAUGUUAAAGGAGAAUUAAUUGGGGGUCUUGAUAUUAUAAAAGAACUUCAGGGAAAUGGUGAAUUAGAAGCUACACUUAAUGCAUAA